AUGGACCACCUGGGGGCAGGAAAUGUGAAACACUCUAAUGUCUUACAAGAGGGCUCUGCAACCCAUGUGGUGACUGGCCUGCUCUAUGGAGCGCAGGCCUUCUUCGUUUUUGACCAAGAGGUUUCCUCAGGAGAAAACCACCAGGACAUCCAGGGAACCCUGCAGGCCACAAUAAAAAAGAUCCCUCAAAUGUCAAUAGAAGGGCAGGGAAAUUUGAAGAUGAGUGAGGAAGAGAAGAAAAAGGCCAAUAAAUUCAACUGCACUUUCCAUGGUGAUUUUGCACUAGAAAACAACACUGUCACAUUUGAAGAUGCCAUGAAGGUGUAUGCUGGCCUGCCAAGUCGACUAGGGGAGAACGGAGAACAUGCUGUGCCCAUGACCGUCUGGCUCUAUCCUCUCAAGAACCUGGACUCUGCAGCUACCCAGCUAGUCAGGCAGAUCAGUGUUAGCCUGGUGCGUCGCGCACAGCGAAUCAUGGACGGACUGGACAAUACUGAUGUACAAUGCCAGGACAUGAUGAAGGAAGACAUGGCUAUCAAGUUCCCUGAAAUCAAAGCCAAGCUCAACACUUUCAGGGACUUGUGCUCAGAGUUUAAGCUGGUGUUCCAGAAAGGUCUCUUAUCGCUUAGCUGCAAGGCGGUGUGUAGACCUGGUGUGAGCCUCUCCAGUGACUGGACAGAAUACUUCAGGACCCUCCCAUGUAGUCCCCCUGGACCACCCACAGAGAAGAGGAUAGAAUCGGGAAGUAUCAGAGUGAACUGGGACAUUCCUAUCAUGGUGGGAGAUGAUGUUGAACUCAUUGGUUAUGUGGUUGAAUACAGAAAGAGUGUAAAUGCUAUAAACAAUCAGAUGUGGCACGCCAUCAAAGCCACCACUAGAGAGAGUGCACUGGAUGGACUAAAGGCUGACACUGCAUACAGCAUCAGAGUCUCUGCUAACUGUGGCAAAGCAGGGAAUAGUCUACCCAGUUCUGAGACUGUGAUGACUACCCUUAGGGUCUCUGAUCCCCAACCGAAGACAAGCAAAUCAACCAGAGCAAAAAGUGAGGAGUUCCUCACAAAAUCCCAGAAGGUGGAAAAGGGCAACCCCUCAAUCCACUGGCUGAAUCUGGAACAGAAGUUGGGUGGAAAUGACAGUUUUGACCAGUACAGAUUUGGGAGGAAAGUUGAGCAACGAAAUAACAAGGUGAUAUUGCUUCUGGGGGCCACAGGUUCAGGAAAAACAACUCUGGUCAAUGCCAUGAUAAACUACAUUCUUGGGGUAAAGUGGGAGGAAUGUUACCGCUUUAAGCUCAUCCAUGAGGUGACCAACAGGUCACAGGCUGAGAGCCAGACUGUGGUUGUGACAUCAUACGAGCUCUACAACCAGCCAGGCUUUCAGAUUCCUUAUUCGCUGACCAUCAUUGACACACCAGGGUUUGGAGACACCAGAGGAAUGGCUCAAGAUAAAUUGCUCACCCAAAAGGUGAAGGAUUUCUUGUUUAACCCUUUAGGGAUUAAUCAAAUUGAUGCAGUCUGCUUUGUAUUGCAGGCAACACUUGUUCGUCUCAGUACUUCCCAGAGAUACAUCUUUGAUUCCAUCCUGUCCAUCUUUGGAAAGGAUGUUGCUGAAAACAUCUUGAUGCUUGUGACAUUUGUUGAUGGGAAGCACAUACCGGUGCUAGAGGCCAUCAAAGCUGCAAAUCUGCCCUGUAAGAAAGACAAGAAGGGGCUACCAACCCAUUUCAAAUUCAACAGUUCAAUUCUGUUCUCAAAGGAGACGGAGAGCAGCUCUGAAGAGGAUGAUACUGAUGAUGAUCAUAAGGCCCAGUGUCCAGAGCAAUGGAAGUCAACUUUCAAGGAGAUGAAGAAAUUUUUCCAAGCACUGGAAAGCAUUGAGAGUAAAGAUCUGACCCUGACAAAGAAAGUUCUGGAAGAACGUGAGCUUCUGGAGAAGACCAUGACAUGCCUGACCCCUCAGAUCACAGCAGGUCUGUCAAAGCUAAGUGAGAUCAAAAGCUUCAAACAGUGUCUGGAGAACGAGGAUGAGAACAUGAAACAGAACAAAAAUUUUGAGACUGAGGUAAAUGUGCUGCAGGUGAAGAGAAGCAAAUUAGCCCAGGACUUUGCGACAAACUGCAAGAUAUGCAAUUUUACAUGUCACACCUCCUGCUUCCUCCCAAAUGAGGAUGACAUCAACAGUUGUGCCGUGAUGGAUGAUGAUGGCAACUGCACCAUAUGUCCAGGAAAAUGCUCUUCCACUGACCACGACAGGGAACAAGUCUUGUUGACAUAUGACACAAAGACUGAGAAAAAGACUAUUCAAGGAAUGAAGGACAACUUCAUGAAGGCGUGGGGCAAGUCUAUGGAAACCAAGGAGAUGCUGGAUAAGCUUGAGGAUGAGUUUCGCAUGAUCCAGGACGCGCUGAUGAAUUUGAUCACGCAGUCUUCUGACUGUCUCAAGAGACUUAAUGAUGUUGCCCUGAAACCAAGCGCUCUCUCCACUGUGGAGUACAUUGACAUACUCAUUCGCACAGAGGAGGACGAACGGAAGCCAGGCUUCGAGGAUCGGAUCGUUGGGUUGAAGAAAAUGAAGGAAGAGUCUGAGAUUCUGGAGAAGAUUGCAAAAGGAGAAGAUUUACUCCCAAAUGAGCGAAAAGUCAUGAAGGAUAAAAAGGAUAGACCGCAGGAGGUUCCAACAUAAGUCAGGGAUGUUGUCCUGCUAACAUUAUCUGGAAACAAAAUUGGGUCUCCAUUUGAACAUUAAGCUUCCCGAUAUUGUAGGAACAUUUGCGUUUGCUGGGAAGAUCCAACUGAGAUGUGGGGUUAAUUGGAUUUGUAAAUAAAACUCUUAGUCUUGUGUAAAGCCUUAUGUUAAUUUGUCCACCUCAAAGUAACUGAACAAAAAUGAGGGCCUAAUUUAGAUCUAGAUUAAAUCAGAACUGCAUAGCAAAUCAUUGGUUUUGUUUAGGUAAUGUCAGAGGUGCAGGGCUGGCCCUCCCAUUAGGCAAGAUUAGGCGGCAUUUGAAUUUGGGGUGGCAUUUUGACAAUUGGCUGCUGCCCUCCAGCGCCCCUGAACGGCUACUACAUCGCCAGCGGCACCCCAGCCACCAGCUCAUAGCGUUGCUGCAGUUCCCGCCCCCACCCGCUUCUCUCCGAAGUGCAGUCCCACUAUUCUUGGUAGCUAUGUUGAUGUGUGUGUUUUAUGUGGGAUUAUCCAAUUGUGAAACAAUAAUA